AUGAAUUCGUCUUGCGCUCGUGCCGUGCAGGCAAUCAUUCGGAGUCCCUGUCGCCAGCGGCCCAUACUGGAGCGCGCUUGCUUAAGCUGCGCACCAAUCGCCCACGACCGCAAGUACUUUUCGGUGCUUGAUCGACCACCGCCCAACUACCCGGGCCAUGUGCCACUGACGAGACUUGAGCGCGCCGGCCUUGCCGUUGGCUCGGGACUGUGGUCGUUUUUCGAUCCCCGCCGAGGAGACCUGAUCGCCGCAUUUGCCGAAGCGACCGCGACCCCAUACUUCGUCCCGCGGCUGCGCGACGCGAUGCUCGCCUCGCCCACGGGCCGGCGGAUCCUCCGCGACCGGCCGCGCAUCACCUCGACGUCGCUCGACCUGCCGCGGCUGCGCUCCCUGCCCCCCGGCACCGUCGGCGCCACGUACGUGGCCUGGCUGGACCGCGAGGGAGUGUCGCCCGACGACCGCGCGGACGUGCGGUACGUGGACGACGAGGAGUGCGCGUACGUGCUGCAGCGCUACCGCGAGAGCCACGACUUUUACCACGCGCUGACGGGCCUCCCCGUCGUGCGCGAGGGCGAGGUCGCCCUCAAGGCCUUUGAGUUUGCAAACACCCUCCUGCCCAUGACUGGGCUGGCCACCUUUUCCGCCUUCACGCUGCGCGAGGGCGAGAGGAGGCGCUUCCUCGACACCUACCUGCCCUGGGCCGUCAAGAACGGCCUGCGCGCCAAGGAUGUCAUCAACGUAUACUGGGAGGAGGAGCUUGAGACGGACGUCGUCGAUCUGAGGAAGGCCCUGGGCAUCGAGCCGCCGCCGGAUAUGAGGGACGCCAGGAAGAGGGAGAGGGACGCCAGGCGGCGGAGGAAGCAGCUCGAGGCCGAAGCUCAACAGACUCCGGGUGCAGAAAACUCAUAG